AUAUUUAUCAGGAUGAGUUACAAGGAAAUAUAUGUAACCGGCGAGCGAGGAUGCUGCACGGUCACCCCCUGCGAUGUAAAAUAUGAGAGUCUAGGAGAGGCUGUUUUAUAAUUCAUCAGGUUCUGCUAGUGAGUUCUGUUGGAGUCUUAGUUAUAAAGGCAAGUGUGAACCGGACAGCAGACGGGAAAACCUGGCACCAAGGAGACGAAGAAGCUGCCUUUGGUGCCUCCUGCCUCCUCCCUGCUUUGUUCCAAUAAUUUUGUGCUCGAUUACGCUCGAUUUGAGGCCAAAAUCCAUGACCUACGAGAGCAGAUGAUGAACCACAGCAUGAGCUCCGGGUCCGGGUCCCUGCGAACCAAUCAGAAACGCUCCCUGUAUGUCAGAGCCAUGUUUGACUAUGACAAGAGCAAGGACAGCGGGCUGCCAAGUCAAGGACUUAGUUUUAAAUAUGGCGAUAUUCUCCAUGUCAUCAAUGCCUCUGACGAUGAGUGGUGGCAGGCCAGGAGAGUCACGCUGGAGGGAGACAGUGAAGAGAUGGGGGUCAUCCCCAGCAAACGGAGGGUGGAAAGAAAGGAGCGUGCUCGAUUGAAGACAGUGAAGUUUAAUGCCAAACCUGGAGUGAUUGAUUCAAAAGGGUCAUUCAAUGACAAGCGUAAAAAGAGCUUCAUCUUUUCACGAAAAUUCCCAUUCUACAAGAACAAGGAGCAGAGUGAGCAGGAAACCAGUGACCCUGAACAACAUGUUUCUUCUAAUGCCAGCGAUAGCGAAAGUAGCUACCGAGGACAAGAAGACUUCAUUCUUUCUUAUGAGCCUGUCACAAGGCAGGAAAUAAACUAUACCCGACCAGUGAUUAUCCUGGGCCCUAUGAAGGAUCGGAUCAAUGAUGACUUAAUAUCUGAAUUCCCUGAUAAAUUUGGCUCCUGUGUACCUCAUACUACGAGGCCAAAGCGUGACUACGAGGUGGAUGGCAGAGACUAUCACUUUGUCAUUUCCAGAGAACAAAUGGAGAAAGAUAUCCAAGAGCACAAGUUUAUAGAAGCCGGCCAGUACAAUGACAAUUUAUAUGGAACCAGUGUGCAGUCUGUGAGAUUUGUAGCAGAAAGAGGCAAGCACUGUAUACUUGAUGUAUCAGGAAAUGCUAUCAAGCGGUUACAAGUUGCCCAGCUCUAUCCCAUUGCCAUCUUCAUUAAGCCCAAGUCUCUGGAACCUCUGAUGGAGAUGAAUAAGCGUCUAACAGAGGAACAAGCGAAGAAAACCUAUGAUAGAGCAAUUAAGCUAGAACAAGAAUUUGGGGAAUAUUUUACAGCUAUUGUCCAAGGAGAUACCUUAGAAGAUAUAUACAACCAAUGCAAGAUUGUUAUUGAAGAGCAAUCUGGGCCUUUCAUCUGGAUUCCCUCAAAGGAAAAGUUAUAAAUUAGCUACUGCGCCUCUGACAACAACAGAAGAACAUUUAGAAGAACAAAAUAUAUAUAAUAUACUACUUGGAGGCUUUUAUGUUUUUGUUGCAUUUAUGUUUUUGCAGUCAAUGUGAAUUCUUAUGAAUGUACAACACAAACUGUAUGAAGCCAUGAAGGAAACGGAGGGGCCAAAGGGUGGGACAGAAAAGACAUUGCAGUAUGCAGGAAGGCUUUGGUUUGCUCAAAGUGACAGGUGUAGGGAUGAGCCUCUGAUGGGCUUUCUGCCCAAGAGAAGGAAGCCUCCUCACCCCAGCAGAUGUCCAGAGCUGAUUUAGCUGCUGAGCUCUCUGUGUUUUUUGCUUUAAAGAAAAGUUGCCAGCACUCGAACCUCACCAACCUUCCCAUUACCCACAUCUGUAAUUGAUACACUCUGAAUUUUAUAACUAUGCACAUCCUUUGAUUUCUUAACAAGCAAAUGGAAGGAAGAAGGAAAAAAGAAAGGAGUCCCUUUGGAGACGGCAUACUAUCAGGGAAGGAUAAGUGUGUAGUUUUUUGACUGGCAACUGCAGAGACAAGCAUUUUGUAAAAUUCACAAGUGAUGAAGGACUAACCUUACUGAGAGGAGGGGAUUCCACCUGAAAUUAGCUUUAUGAUUGUUGAUUGUCUAUUUUGCCAUUUAUAAACUGAAAGAAGGCACUAAAAAUGAGAAUAAUUUAUACAAUAAAAAUAUAUUAAAUGUAUAGAAAUGAAUUUCUAUAGGUUAAAAAAGUUUUGUGAAAUAUUUUGUAAAGACUAAUUAACUGAAAGACUAAACAUAUGCACUAUCAGCAGAUGAUCAAAUUCAAGAACUGAAAGUUGCACUCUCCCUUUUGUUGCCAAUGACCCCUUACGAGCAUCUGAGUUUCUUCGAAGUCUGACAAAGACUUUUUCCUCACUUUCCUCCCAUGAUCUUCCUUCCACAUUAGCGAUACACUCUCAUGGAGCACAUCCCUUGAUGAGUUGACCUCACGGAUAUUUUUGGAACGCAUUUGGUGAAUGCAUUUUUAAGCCAUUGGCUUUUCAGAGACAAACUCAUGCAAAUGAUCUAAAGGGAAGUUUUUGCUUUUUUCUAGUUAAAUAACCUGAGCCUGCCAUGCAAAUAGUUGAAUAACUUUGUUCCUAGUUACUUACAUACAACAUGUAAAGGACCAUUUAGUAUUUUGGCCAACCACGAAUAAUUAGAAUUAUUGUGUUUUUUGUUUCACAGAGUAUCUGAGAGUUUUAUAACAGCCAGAGAUGGUAUUAGAGCCAUGGGGAGAUCUGUCCCAAGAUGCACUAUUUCUUUGAGGAAGAGAGAGAAGUGAAGUAUCUAGUUGGGGGUGAGGGGUGCAGACUUUUUUGUUUCUAUGUACAGGGCAAAGAGAAUGAGCCACAAGGAAAGACAAUGACUUUGAGCUCAACCAAUUGAACUGCCUUUCUUGGGGCUGCAUCUGGACCAAGUUUAUUUUUUAACAAUUAUAAUAAUGGUGAUUUUUUUAAAAACUCCCAAAGCCUAUAAACUGAACCAGAAGAGUAAGUUUCCCACUUUAGAGCUGAUAGUGACAUCAGCAUCACUUUUGCCCACGGUGUUUAGAGAGAGACUUUUCCAUGAUCUCAGUAACCACUCUACUCUGGGUUAUCUGCUUGCCCAAACUAAGCCCCAUCGCCUUAUUUCUGGGGUACAUCCAGACCUGGCAGGGAUUCUGCCACACUGUGCAGCAAACCAGCAUGUAGGCUGGAGUGGGAGAGCAAGAGAUAGAGCCAUCAGAGUGAUGGGGCUUCUUCACAAUAAGAACAUCGGGGCUCAGAAUGAGCGUCUCUUUCCAAAAACAAGCGUUGUUCAUCUUACACUAAUUAUCAUUGUCUGCUUGGCUGCAGUCACCAAAACCAACACAAAAAUGCAAAAUUAUGCAUCUUCCUAUAGUCUUGAGGCUGCCUUUACCAAUAGAAGGGCUAGCAAUGCAUUUUCCCUCUGACAAAAGUUAAAUUUCUGGAGACUUCCUUAGAGUUAAAGAUGUGUCCAUGUCUGCAAUUUGCCAGUUUCGGGUCAAGGCCUACUUUCAUCAAUAUUGCUCCCAGAAGUUUUCCACCACCAGAAUGCCAUUCCUGAUCCCAGCUCUAUUUUUAGGCCACCAUGGUAACUUCUUUGGUUUCUCAACUGAGCAUGCAAUCAUUUAUUUAAAGGACUGUCAUUAAUGAGUAGAUGUUUCCGCGGGUCGUGUGAUGUGCUUUCCAUUUAAUAGUAUUGCUGUGGCUGAGUACAAUCAAACUGAACCACCAAUCCUUGGUUUUGUAGUAUUAUAAUUAUUUAUUUUCCUAGUGUAGAUGCUUUCAGAUUAGAAUUGGCAUUUGCACUGAUUUUUUAUGUAGAUUUAUAUAAAUAUAAUACAUAUAUAUUUGCUUGAAAUAUCACCAAGCCAAAUGGUGAGAGGGUCUUUUCCUAUAGAAUUUACACCUCCAUUUUUUGUGUUGUCUCACGCUUCCUAAUGUUGAGGUCUCUAAGGCUCCAAUGAACUGGUGUAUUUUGUAGCAAAUCUGAUGACCUGUAUGGAAGUGGCAUGAAAGUUACCCAGAUUACAUCUGGUGCAAAUGCACUCGGAGCCUGGGGCCAGACUGGUGCUAACACUGCAAACUUUGUCCAGAGCUCUCUCCAAUCUGAAGGCUUGCUGGGGGCACAAUGUCACCUUCACAUGCUGGGCCCUUUCAGAAAAGUGCCAGAUCGUGUCACUGGUGCUAUUUUUCAUGCUCUGGUACAAUGUGUAGCACCACGGGGGUCUCAGCUUUACCAAAAUCAAAAUCCCCUUUGUCAGCUAAUUGCAGGGGCAUUUGUUUUUUGCUCUCCUCCCACAGGAUUUGUUGGCCAUUUAACUGCAGGCCAUUUCUCCCAGCCCCCAACUCUUGGGUUGGCUCUGUCUGCUCAGAAAGCCUGUCUUCAUGAAGCCGCACUCAGGUGCCUCUGUGAGCUGUCUUAAAUCCUACUGCCAGCCCUUCAGGACUACGAGCCAGCGAAGAACUCUCCAAUGUCUGGCUCAUGACUCUGUUGUUUUUCUCCUCAUUCUUUUCCUCUGCUCUCCUCCUCCUUUUGUUGCUAUCUCAUUCCAUCUUUCUUUCUUUUCUUUUUUUUGAUCCUCUCCUUUUAUUCUUCCUUCUCACCAUCUCUGAGUUGUUACUUUUCUCCCAUAAUACUUCCCAAUUGCCUUUCUCUUUGCCCAUCUCUCCUUUGGUCUCAGUCUCUGCUCUUCUUAUUCCCUUUUAGCCUCGCUUUCCCAUCCUUUCUCCUCUCCCCACAUCUCUGAUCAUCUCCUCCCCCACACCCCUACACUGAUUUGUCUGUCCUAUAAGGGCUCAUGGCUCAUUCAGACAGCAAGUCCAUGCACUGGACUAACGACACAAAUACUUGGGGUCUCCGUUCACCUACUCAGCCCAGAAAGCAAAGCUGAGCAUGGGGCCCUGGCCUGGAGCUAGCUCCAGCCGGCCCCAGGAGCCAGCCUGCACCGCUGCCCUGGCAGCGAUGAUGCAUGUGCUGUGGGCCCUGCCAGCACCUGGGUGCCUCUGCCGGAACGCUGCUCCUAUGUGAGCCCACUCCCAGCACCAUCCGUGGCUCUGAGGACACUUCUUUUCAAUAAAGGCAGACUCUAGCCCCAACAAUUAUUCUGACAGCAAAACUCUUCCCAUUGAAGCCAUGCCAUCGCCUUGGUUUGGAGAGAGACAUUUUUUCCCAUCCAUAAGCUUUUUUUUCCCCCAUUUUCAUGUGAAGCCCCUUCUGCUUUUCAGUUGGUGUUUGCUCUGGUGAGAUUGAGUGGGCUCGCUGGUGAAAUGACAUCUCUUCUUCCCUGUUUUGGUCCUGCCUAAAUUCCUACAAAUAUAUUUAAGCCAAGGAUGCAGGCUAGUUUCUAAGUUUAUCAUAUUGUCACUUGUAGCUGGAAAAAAGAUUGGUUCCCUUGAAGCAUGUGGAGUACCUCCUGUGGCAACUGAUUUGCCGGGGGACUCCCAAAAGAAUUCUGUGGACAUAACUUUACUAUGUGUAUGUAUAGUAUACAUGGUGUGCAUACCAUGUGUACACAUCUGACACUGGGUAUGAAUGACUGUGGCUGGAAACCCACACACACACUGCAGUCUGUAAAUAUCCUUCCUCGCUGAAACCUGUGCUUUGGAAAUCAUUUCUUGUACAGCUGUGCAGUUUCUUGUAGCAGCUGAGGACAAACCUAAGACAGGUGGACAAUUUAGACAAAGAUCAUCUAAAAGUACAGUAUCUCCCUAGCAAUUCACGAGGACAGACAACCAAGUGGCAAGGUUGACUCCCAAUGGGAUGGCAAACUUUUCUUCUCUCCUUUUUGAAUUUGUGUUUCCUAAGUGUGUCUUAACUUCCGAGUGCACCAGGCUGUACCCGUUAGAUCCUUUCAAUAUAACAAUUCUGUACUUCUCUCUGACAGGAUGUUUCUCCAUCAAGCUAUAGUGCAGGAUGGGAGGGAGGGGGGAUACUCCUUGCCUGGGCUGGACUUUACAGAGACACUGCACAGCUUACACUCCUGUUAAGUGUAAAUAUUCAACACUUCCAUUCCAUUUGUGUAAAAAAUAAAGCACACACGAUUAUAAAAUCAAGAUGUAUAUUUCAUACUCAGUGUGUCCGUGCAUAUUUAUUGCAUUUUCAGUUGUCAGCAGUGGCCCCGUUGUAAAAAUGCCUGAUAGAGUGUUUAUAAACAUGUCGUGGUUUUAUUAUGAGAUAUAAAUAUUAAAACAUUUUGUACUUUAUAGCAAA